GCGUUGCGCCCUGAUUGAUUGCGCUGGGGGCGUGAAUCUGCGGGCUCUUGGGUCUCCCGCGUUCUGAUUGGCUGCCGGUAAAGACAGGUGACCUAGUUGGCGCCGCUGAGGGAAAUUCAUAAGUCGCUCCAGGCCCCGGGCCUGGUUCCUGGUCCUCGGAUCGACUACCGGCCACCGGAAUCGUCGGCCUGGUGAGGGAAGGCGGUCGGAGCCGGGGGCCCGUGACCCACUGCGCCUGGCAAGGAGCGGACGCCUACAGGGUCAUCCACAGAUCGAUCAGGCCCCUGCUCACACCCACCUUGGCCUGGCACCACCCGCUCACCUGCUCCACCAUCCCACCGAGGUCCUGCUCUCAUCGGGGCCCAUCGAGGCUGACAGCACCUCCACUGCCGCCCGCUGACAGUGCUGCGUUGCUGACACUCGCCAUGUUCCAUACUGCCCCCCUGGUAGUCAGCACACGUUAUAGCACCCUGAGUACAUUCUGCAUCACUGGACGGUGGGGAUUAGCUGGUGGAUUUCAGGCAUGUUGUGGAAGUUGCUGAUGAGAUCCCAGCCUUGCAGGCUGUGUUCUUUCAGAAAGAUGCUAUCAGCUCCCAAAUACAGACCUUUUUUAGCUCGCUUCACCUAUACAACCAACAGUCAGCCUAACAAAGAAAAUCAAAGAACAGUGGAAAAGCUCCAUAAAUUUUCAGUUGACAUCAGGAAAAUACGCAGAUUAAAAGGAUGGGUCCUUUUGGAAGAUGAAACCUAUGUUGAAGAAAUUGCAAAUAUUUUACAGCAACUAGGUGCCAAUGAGACUGUGGUAGCCAGUAUUUUGGAACGCUGCCCAGAAGCCAUUGUCUGCAGUCCAACCGCUGUUAACUCCCAGAGAGAACUCUGGCAGUCCCUCUGCAAAAAUGAGGAAGAGUUAGUCAAGUUAAUAGAACAGUUUCCAGAAUCUUUCUUUACGGUUAAAGACCAGGAGAACCGGAAACUAAAUGUACAGUUCUUUCAAGAGUUGGGACUCAAAAAUGUGGUCAUUAGCAGGUUUUUGACAACUGCACCUAGUAUUUUUCAUAAUCCUGUUGAGAAGAAUAAGCAAGUGAUAAGGAUUCUCCAGGAGAGUUAUCUAAAUUUAGGUAGCUCCGAGACCAACAUGAAAGUUUGGCUACUGAAGUUAUUAAGCCAAAACCCAUUUAUUUUGUUAAAUUCUUCUGCAGCUAUAAAGGAAACACUGGAAUUUCUCCAGGAGCAAGGUUUCACAGACUCUGAAAUUCUCCAGCUUCUGUCCAAACUGAAAGGGUUUCUUUUUCAACUUGGCCUAAGAAGUAUACAGAACAGUAUUUCCUUCUCUAAAAAUGCUUUUAAAUGCACAGAUCAUGACCUGAAGCAGUUAGUUUUGAAAUGUCCUGCCCUUUUAUAUUAUUCCGUUCCCAUUUUGGAAGAGAGAAUUCAGGGAUUAUUGAAAGAAGGAAUUUCCAUAGCUCAGAUAAGAGAAACGCCCAUGGUUCUGGAAUUAACACCACAGAUAGUACAGUAUAGGAUAAGGAAACUGAAUUCCUUAGGCUACAGAAUAAAGGAUGGACAUCUAGCAAGUCUAAAUGGAACGAAAAAAGAGUUUGAGGCUAACUUUGGUAAAAUCCAGGCCAAAAAAGGAAGGCCAUUAUUUAACCCUGUUGCACCGUUACAUGUUGAUGAGUAACUCACUGGCUGAUACUGCUUCCUUCUGGCAGUGCAGUGACACUGAGUAGCAAAGACACAGGAUUCAGGCUGUUUGCAGGCACCAGGAAUUUUACCUCUAAGUAAAUAAUCCCCAACUCAUAUGCUAUAUUAUAAAAUAUAAAUUACAUUUAUUUUAAAUAAAAGUUGCUAAUUUUGAUCUUAA